UGAUGCCUGUUACUUAUAGUGUUUUGGCCCUGUCCUCUCUUCACUACAGUUUUUGGAUCUGUACAUUGUACUUCUCCUGGUGUUCUUGCUUUGCUGGUUUUGAUACCUGCCUGUGUUCUGACUACAUUUUGGAUUGGAAAGCCAAAGUCUUAUCGCAUCUGCAAACGCCUGCCUGUUUCUGACUUGUUACAUGAACAAGGUCAGUUUGUAUAAAAAUUGGACUCAUAUAUGCAGGCAGAUCCAUAGCUGAAAUAGUGUUUCUGGAAAACAAAGUAUUAAAGAUCAUCACCACCAUCUAACUUAAAAUGUCAUUGUACUCUCAAAUUUCAUCUGUACUGUACAUUCAUGAUAUUUUUAUCAUGCUUGUAAAGACUUAAACAUGACAUUAAAUUUGGUAUUUCAUUAUUUUUACUGUGCAUUACAUUACAUGAAUCUUGAAAUGUAAACAUUUUAAAUAUGGAAAUGAGGCACUUUGGGGAGGCACCCCAUUGUUAUUCAGAGCCAAACUGACAGAAGUUUAUAAACCUCAAGAAAGGAAAUUUGCUCACACCCAGUGCAAUGGCGAUUGUAGCAAAGCUGAUUUUCAUUCUCUGCAGUUUGGCCUCAAUAACAGUGUCCAAUCAUGAGUUUAAGGAGGUUGGCAGUUCUGUUCAGCUGCACAUAAAAGGCAGUAUAAAACCAUUCAAAACCCUGAAAUGGAUGCAUGGAAGAUAUUUUGUAUUGACAUAUGAUCAAAAAUUGAAUAAGGUAGAACCAGGCCGUGCUUAUAACGGUAGGGUGACGCUUGAUAAGGACACCUACAGUCUGACGCUGAAAAGCCUACAGAAGAAUGACAGUGGAGUCUAUAUAGCAAGAUCAAUUGAUGAAGAAGGGGAAAACUCUAUUGUUCAGUACAAACUCUCUGUAUUAAAUCCAGUGGAGAGUCCAAUCCUUACUCCUGUCCCUCACCAGCUAAGCAGUGACUCCUGUAAUGUGACUCUCACUUGUAGUGGUCACAACCUCACAAUCCGCUCUAACUGCUCUAAUGAUGUCUGUGAGGAGAAGAAAAUAGAAUCACCAGGAGGCAUCAUCCUAUCCAUGUAUGUCAGUGGAAGCACUAUAAUCUGUAACCACAGCAACCCAGUCAGCUGGAAAAAAAGUGCAAUUAAAGAGAUUAAAGAAAUCUGUUUUUCUAUAGGGCCUACCAACCAACUGCUCUAUAUUGUAAUAGCACUGAGCUGUGUGGCACUUAUCCUCCUUCUGACUGUUAUUGGUUGUGUCAUACAACUUAGGAGGAAGAAAACAGAUGGCAUAGAUUCCCCACUGUGUGACACUGUGUAUGCAGAGGUUGAGAAUGAAAAUGAAAGACCAAGGAAUGGCAUGAGGUUGGAGAUAUCUGGACCUUCAGCAACAAGAAACUCAUGUGGACAAAAGACUGCCCAGCACUUAUUACACAUUUGCAGAUACGAGAUCUGACAACUUCCCAUCAACCAUCUACAGUACUGUGGAUCAUUCUAAGCCUGGAACCAUUUAUGGGGUAGUGAAAGGUCAAUAAAGCUGCAGAGGGAGCCCCAUCACUUAUGAGAAACUAAAACUUUUAUAUUGUCACCAACUGCAAUCAAGCAGCCUAAGCAUCCCAUGCUCCUUCAAGACAUUUGCGUAAAGCUUUACAGUGAGUGUUAUGUAUAGUUCUUUUCACCUUGAUUGUGGAGUACUGGGGAUAAACAUAGCUGUUACUUUGGGACACAAAAUUGCUUUUUCUUUUUUUCUUUUUUUUUCUAAUUAUGGUCCAUGUCUAGGCCAGAGUAUUGUCUUUUUCAUUGUGUGUGUGUAAUAUAAUUUCAUGCAGAAAUGGAUUUCUUAAUUUAUUUUUUUAUUUAAUAUAUUUGUCUCUAUUAUAGAAUUUCAGCCAGGAUUCAAACAUUUGACAUAUACAAAACAUGGAUUUCUGUAUAUUAAAUUCUUAAAGUAAA